ACCUGAGCGAUCACACCUCACUCUCUGCCUUCUCUUCCUCUAGCACUCUAGCACACGCACAUGAACUCGAGGGUGACAAUGGCUGCGUGGUGGGUUUGCGGAGUCCUCCCGCUCCUGGAGGUGGCCGCGGCCGCCGCGGAGCCGCUGAUCCGGCUGCCGACGGAGAGUGGGCAUGCCCCUGCCACUGUCCCUGCCCCUGCGCCUGGCCCGUCGGCGCCGGCGGAAGAGGUGACAAAGUGGGCCGUGCUCGUCGCCGGCUCCUCCGGCUACGAGAACUACCGGCACCAGGCCGACGUGUGCCACGCGUACCAGAUCCUGAAGAAGGGAGGCCUCAAGGACGAGAACAUUGUGGUGUUCAUGUACGAUGACAUCGCCAACAGCCCUGAAAACCCAAGGCGUGGAGUCGUCAUCAACCAUCCCAAAGGCAAAGAUGUUUACCAUGGUGUUCCCAAGGACUACACUGGUGACCAGGUCACCGCUAAGAACUUCUAUGCGGUUCUCUUGGGGAACAAAACUGCGGUUACCGGAGGGAGUAGGAAGGUGAUAAACAGCAAACCAGAGGAUCACAUCUUCAUCUACUACACGGAUCACGGGGGUGCUGGUUCACUUGGUAUGCCCAACGUGCCUUUUGUUUAUGCUGGUGACUUCAUCAAAGUGUUACGGCAAAAGCAUGCUUCCAAAAGCUAUUCGAAGAUGGUCGUAUAUGUUGAAGCGUGUGAAAGUGGCAGCAUCUUUGAGGGUUUAAUGCCACGAGAUCAUAAUAUUUAUGUUACAACAGCAGCAAAUGCGGAAGAAAGUAGCUGGGCAGCAUACUGCCCUGGGAUGGAAAUACCACCUCCUUCUGAAUAUUACACCUGUUUAGGUGACGCAUACAGUGUUUCUUGGAUGGAAGACAGUGAAACUCACAAUCUAAAGAAGGAAACAAUCAAGCAGCAGUACGAGGUGGUUAAAGCGAGAACGGCACCCCGGAACAAGUCCAGUAUAGGCUCUCAUGUCAUGGAGUAUGGUGACAAGACUUUCAAGGAUGAGAUGCUUUUCCUUUAUCAAGGAUUCGAUCCUGCAAAGUCAAGCAUCACAAACAGGCUGCCUUUGCCCAUCCUGAAGGGUGCAAUCAAUCAAAGAGAUGCCGAUGUUCUUUUCAUGUGGAAGAAGUAUGAGCAGUUAAACGGGGGAUCGGAAGAGAAGCAUAGGGCUCUCAGGGACAUCAAAGAAACUGUGCUACACAGGAAGCAUCUGGACAGCAGUAUCGAUUUCAUCGGGAAGCUUGUCUUUGGAUUCGACAAGGGGCCUUCGAUGCUCCAGGCUGCUAGAGGCUCUGGCCAGCCAUUGGUCGACGAUUGGGAUUGUCUGAAGAGGAUGGUUCGAGUGUUCGAGUCCCAGUGCGGAUCACUCACUCAGUACGGCAUGAAACAUAUGAGGGCGUUCGCAAACAUCUGCAACAAUGGAGUCUCCGAGGCCGAGAUGAAGGAGGCAAGCAUCAGCGCUUGUGGCGGUUACGACAUGGGGAGGUGGAACCCACUGGUUCUAGGCCACAGCGCAUGAUCCGCUGCACUGAAGUACAUGGGAGCAGUAACAAAUGCUCCAGAGGUUCCUAGCUAGACCUCAUAUAUAGUGUACAUACUACCUACAUACGUUGGUAUACAUGCAAGAAACCACCCAACGAUGCGCCCCAUGUGGUGUUGGGUUAAUCAGUAGCCUAUGCUCCUGCCUUUGUAAAUCAACUUUGACUGCAACCAAUUGAAAGGCAAUUAUUAUAUUAUGUAA